AUGCCGAGCGCAGGCACGCAAAUAUACUACGCGCUCGUCGUGGCGUGGGGCGCGACAUUCUACCAAUUCUUCCUGCGCGAACUCUUCAGCACAACGCUGGGCCUUGGUCGCGUGAUCCAGGACAUUGAGGACUUUCCGUUCGAGUGCAAGCGCAUCGUGCAUCCGAAUUUGGAGGCGUGCGAGGAUUUGUGGCUGGAUGAUGAGGCGCGGGUGUUGUAUGCGGCGUGUUCGACCACGGAGGGCAUUUUGGCUUGGAGGCAGGCGAUUGGCAAGUUGAAUGUUACUGGUCGUAAGGGUUCGGAGUUGAUUGCUCUUGAUAUUGACGAGCCGGGUGUUGAUGGAUUGUACAAUCUCCGCCCUAUCAAGCCCAUUGGCUACUCCGGAGCACGAGGUGAAGGCGACGAUUCUCUGGAUCUUCUAGGUUUCGAUGCGGAGAUCCUGGAUGGCGAUACUAUCCAAUUCUACUUGGUCAAUGAACGCCCGCCGGUUGGGCCGUUCAACAACUACAUCGAUGCAACUGUGGUUGGCGCCAACUCUACCAUCGAUGUCUUCGAGAUGAAGCGCGGAGCAGAUGUCAUGCGCCAUGUUAGGACGAUCUGGUCGCCUGAAGUAUUCACGCCUAACCGAAUCGCUGUUUUGGGUGAGGGAGACUUCCUCGUGACGAACGACCACUCCACCAAGAUCGGAUGGCGAAGGGAACUCGACCCUAUCAUCGGCGGCGGCACCGUCGCAUUCUGCAACCUCAACAGCGAAUGCCACACCGCCGUCACCGGUGCCGAGCCCGCCAUCGAGCUCCCUCUCGCGGCCAAAAACCCAGAGCCCCUGUACAAAGAAUACCUAACAAAAGCUCUCUCCGUCUUCCCGAAGCCCGGCUUGAAAUUUCCCAACGGCCUGACCCGCGGCUUCGACAACCUGAUCUACGUGCCCAGCACCAUCGACGGCCAAAUCCGCGUCUACGCACUAACUCCCUCCAACACGCUGCAGCUCAUCGACACUAUCCGCACUGGCAUGCCGCUUGACAACAUCUCGCCCGACGCAAAUGGCGACUUGUACGUCGCCGGCUUCCCGGACUUUCGUGCUGCGCUCAAGGGCUUGCAUGAUCCGCUGAAUGUCGAUGCGCCGAGCAGUGUGCUGCGCAUUCGCAAGACGGUGGAUGUGGAGAGGCAAAAGGUUGAUUAUCGGGUUGAGAAGGUUGUGGAGGAUAAGACUGGCAAGGUUAUUAGUGGGGCGACGAGCGUGAGGCAUGAUGUUAAGACUGGGAGGCUGUUUAUUGGUGGUGAGUGCGAAACGGGCGGUUUGAGUGAUGACACGCUAACUGAAAUUCUAGCUGCGAUUCAUCCGUUCUUGGUGGCGUGCGAUCCGAAAUAA